AUGGCAGGCGGCAGCUCGGGGGGGCGGGAGCUGCCGGAGACGCCGACGUGGGCGGUGGCCGUCGUCUGCGCCGUCAUCGUGCUCGUCUCCGUCGCCAUGGAGCACGGCCUCCACAAGCUCACGCAUUGGUUCCGUCGGCGGCAGAAGAAGGCCAUGGGCGACGCUCUCGAGAAGAUCAAAGCAGAAUUGAUGCUGAUGGGCUUCAUAUCCCUGCUCAUCACGGUGGCGCAAACGCCCAUCUCCAAGAUAUGCAUCCCAAAGUCGGCUGCCAACAUCCUGCUGCCCUGCAAGGCAGGUCAUGAAGCCGUCGAAAAAGAAUCCACUGUUCGCCGCUCCUUGGCCGGCGACGCCGGCGGCAGCGGCAGCGACGGCGGGGACUACUGCUCCAGGCAUCAUAACAAGGUGGCUCUCAUGUCGACGAGCAGCAUGAACCAGCUGCACAUAUUCAUCUUUGUGCUCGCCGUGUUCCAUGUCACGUACUGCGUCAUCACGAUGGGUUUAGGGCGUCUCAAGAUGAAGAAAUGGAAGAAAUGGGAGUCAGAGACGAACUCUUUGGAGUAUCAGUUUGAGAACGAUCCUUUACGAUUCCGGUUCACGCAUCAGACAUCGUUCGUGAAGCGUCAUCUGGGAUCAUUCUCAAGCACUCCUGGCCUCAGAUGGAUUGUAGCAUUCUUCAGGCAGUUCUUUGGAUCAGUCACCAAGGUGGACUACCUGACAAUGAGGCAAGGCUUCAUCAAUGCGCAUUUGUCGCAAAACAGCAAGUUCGACUUCCACAAAUACAUCAAAAGGUCUUUGGAGGACGACUUCAAAGUUGUCGUUGGCAUCAGCCUCCCAUUGUGGUUUGUCGCAAUCCUUGUACUCUUCCUCGAUAUCCGCGGACUUGGCACACUGAUCUGGAUCUCUUUUAUUCCUCUCAUCAUCGUCUUGCUGGUUGGGACCAAGCUGGAGAUGGUGAUCAUGGAGAUGGCCCAGGAGAUACAGGACAGGGCGACUGUGAUCCAGGGAGCUCCUGUGGUUGAGCCGAGCAACAAGUACUUCUGGUUCAACCGCCCUGACUGGGUCUUGUUCUUCAUACACUUGACACUGUUCCACAACGCGUUUCAGAUGGCGCAUUUCGUAUGGACUAUGGCAACCCCAGGGCUGAGGAAGUGCUUUCACGAAAAGAUUGCCCUGAGCAUGGUGGAGGUCGUAGUGGGGGUCUCACUCCAGGUGCUCUGCAGCUACAUCACCUUCCCGCUCUACGCACUCGUCACGCAGAUGGGGUCAAACAUGAAGAAGACAAUCUUCAAGGAGCAGACGAUGAGGGCGCUGAUGAAGUGGCGCGACACGGCGAGGGAGAGGACCAAGCUCCGGGACGCGGACGCGCUGUUCCUGGCGCGGAUGAGCGUCGACACGACGCCGACGCCCAGCCGCGGGGCGUCGCCGGUGCACCUGCUGCACGGUCGUCACAGGGCGGCGCCGAGGUCGGACGACCCGCCGAGCACGACCGGGGCCGCCUCGCCGGAGGAGGCGGAGGAGGACAUGUACCCGGUGCCGGUGGCGGCGCAUGCGUCUCGCCGGCGAGACCAGCCGGACAGGUGGAAGGCGGCGGCGGCGUCGUCGUCGUCGGCUGUCCAAGUCGGCAUCGCCGAUUCUGACUUUUCCUUCAGUGCAGAACGGUGAUGGGACAACGGGCAAAACAUUAUAGGUGUUAAAAUGUGGGGAGUUAUAAUUAACAAAACUAUAAUGGUAGCCUUGUAAUUUUCUUUUUAUUUUAUUUAUUUUAUUUUUACUUUUAUUUAUUUUAUGGUUUGAUUGGUUGCGCUAGGGAUUAGAUCAGUAGCACUUCGUAGUCGGACGACUGGGCAUCAGACGUCCGAUCUAAUGUUAAGACUAAAGUGGGUGGUCAAAAUGUUGCAGUUAACCAUUACCGAAAGAUCGAGGUAUAGUUUGUGAAUUGUGAAGGGAAAAUGUAAUCGUUGAAACAUUCGUAGCAAUAAAAUGUCUAUUAAAACAUCUCGCCCUCGCGCAUGAAACAGAGAAUU